AUGAAGUUUUUUCAUGUUACCACAGUACUAUUUUUUGCAUUAACUCUUGCUAGAAUUGACCCUUCUGCAUGCCAAAUUGUAAAGGGAAAAGUCUCUUGCAUUGAUUGUACUCAUGACUCUGAUUUCUCAGGAAUUAAGGUCUCUAUGAAGUGUGAAGGUAUGAAAAACUUGGCUAUGGCAACUACAGAACAUGAUGGCUCCUUCAUGGUUGAUCUUUCCACGUACCAUACAAAUCCUGCUUCUCAUAAUUGCCAUGCAAAACUUCUUGGUGGACCAAGUAACCUUUAUGCUUCAAGGAAAAACCAAUUCUCCCAAAUUGUGAAGGACAAAGAGGAAAAUAGCUACACAACUUCAACUCCUCUAAGUUUCUUCACUUCUUGCCCCAAAAACACAGAAUGCAAAGAUGAGAAUAACCAGUUUGGCUCAUCCAAAACCUACAAUUUUCCUUUGCCUACACAGUGGGGUUUGGCACCAAGUAGUUUUUAUCUUCCUUUCUUCCCCAUCAUUGGAAUACCAUGA